CUUCACCCCUGCAACUGAACCAUUGAAUCCCUCUUCUUCAUACGCGCAAACUUCUCCGCUCACAUAUAUGACGAAUUCUGGCUAGCUCAUGUACGAACUAGCUAGAUGUCCACAUAAUCUCAAGUUUGUAUCGACACGAACUCGUUGAAAGGCCGUCAUCAGUUUCAAUAUACGCCAAGCGCUACUACAUCAUGACGGUGAAUAUAACCGGAAUAAAGGCAUCGUCUAAUGGUGCGUGGCAAGGGGACAACCCAAUUGACUUCGCCUUCCCGCUGCUGAUAGUACAGACCACGCUCAUCCUCUUUGUCAGCCGCUCCCUCGCCUUCCUCCUCAAGCCCCUCCGCCAGCCCAAAGUCAUCGCUGAGAUCGUGGGCGGGAUUUUGCUGGGGCCAUCGGCUUUCGGGCGGAACAAGCAUUACCUCCAGCGCAUCUUCCCGUCAUGGAGCACUCCGAUCCUCGAGUCCGUGGCCAGCAUCGGCCUCCUCUUCUUCCUCUUCCUUGUGGGUCUCGAGCUCGACCUCAACUCUGUCCGCCGAAGCGGCCGCCACGCCUUUGGUAUCGCCGCUGCUGGCAUCUCCCUCCCCUUCAUCUGCGGGAUUGGAGUUGCCUUCAUCCUCCGCAGCACCGUUGAUGGAGCCGACAAGGUCGGGUUCGGCCAGUUCCUCGUCUUCAUGGGCGUGGCCCUCUCCAUCACUGCCUUCCCCGUCCUCGCCCGCAUCCUGGCUGAGCUCAAGCUCCUCACCACUCCGGUAGGCGAGACCGCCAUGGCUGCUGCCGCUUUCAAUGAUGUUGCCGCGUGGAUACUGCUUGCAUUGGCCGUGGCGCUCACCGGGGAUGGCUCCGGUGGGGCCCACAAGAGCCCACUUAUAUCCCUCUGGGUUCUUUGCUCGGGGGUCGCAUUCGUGGUGUUCAUGCUUGUCGUGAUUAGGCCUGCGAUGAAGUGGGUAGCCCGGCGGUGCUCGUCGGAGCACGACUCGGUCGGUGAGGCCUACAUCUGCCUAACCCUGGCAGGUGUGAUGGUGUCAGGCUUCAUGACCGAUCUCAUCGGGAUCCACUCCAUCUUCGGUGCCUUUGUGUUCGGGCUGACGAUCCCAAAGGGCGGGGAUUUUGCUGAGAGGCUGAUCGAGCGGAUCGAGGAUUUCGUGUCAGGGCUGCUCCUCCCGCUCUACUUUGCAUCGAGCGGGCUAAAGACUGAUGUUGCGAAGAUCCAAGGAGCCGAGGCUUGGGGCCUGCUGGCGCUAGUGACAACGACUGCCUGCGCGGGGAAGAUUUUUGGAACGUUCGCGGUGGCAAUGAUGUUCAUGAUGCCGGCGAGGGAUUCGAUCACCCUCGGGGUGUUGAUGAAUACCAAGGGCUUGGUGGAGCUCAUCGUGCUCAACAUUGGCAGAGAGAAGAAGGUCCUGAACGAUGAGAUGUUCGCCAUUCUCGUACUGAUGGCACUGUUUACCACCUUCAUAACGACCCCAACGGUAAUGGCCAUCUACAAGCCGGCCCGUGGCAUCCGGGGUGCCACCCGCCGAAAGCUCCGAGACUUGUCUGCCAACGACAACCCCAAGGAUGUGCUCCGGAUGCUCGCAUGUGUCCACGGGCCAGGGAAUGUACCGUCGCUCAUCAGCCUCAUCGAGUCGAGCCGAAGCAUGAAGAAGAAGUCCCUGCUCAAGCUGUACAUCAUGCACCUGGUCGAGCUCACCGAGCGGUCCUCCUCCAUCAUCAUGGUUCAGCGGGCCCGAAAGAAUGGGUUCCCUCUCUUCAACCGGUUCCACAGGGGCGAGUGGCACGACAGGGUCGCCGGAGCCUUCCAGGCGUACAGUCAGCUGGGCCGGGUCUCGGUCCGGCCCACAACUGCUAUCUCGCCUCUUGCCACGAUGCAUGAGGACAUCUGCCACGUGGCGGAGGACAAGAGGGUGGCUAUGAUCGUGUUGCCCUUCCACAAGCGAUGGAGGGUGGAGAGCGAAGGUGAGAUGGUCGAGAACGUGGGCCACGGGUGGAGAGGGGUGAACCAGAGGGUGCUGAAGCACGCCCCAUGCUCAGUGGCCGUGCUCGUGGACCGCGGUUUUGGAACUGGGGCUCAGACUCCUGGGCCCAAUGGGACCCCAGCCCAGCGGGUAUGCGUCUUGUUCUUUGGUGGGCCCGAUGACAGGGAGGCCCUAGAGCUGGCUGGUAGGAUGGCAGAGCACCCGGCAGUGCAUGUGACAGUGGCGAGGUUCAUUGAGAAAGAACGAAUUGAAGGAAGUGAGAUUGUAUUGCAGCCUUCUCCGAGUAAAUGCAGAGAGAAGAGUUAUAGCUUCUCAAUUGCAAACAUGAACCUACAAAGAGAAGAGGAAUUGGAUGAAGCAGCAGUUGCAGAAUUUCGAGGGAGGUGGAAUGAUCUGGCUGAAUACCAAGAGAAGGUCGGUAGCAACAUAGUUGAUGAGGUCUUGAAGAUCGGCAGGAGCCAUGAGUAUGACCUUGUGGUGGUGGGUAAGGGCCGGUUUCCCUCGACUCCAGUGGCCCAAUUGGCCGACCGCCAGGCUGAGCAUGCCGAACUGGGGCCCAUCGGUGACAUCCUAGCCUCCACGAACAACGGCAUAAGGUCUUCCGUCCUUGUGAUCCAGCAGCACGAUUUGGCCAAUGCCGAGGAAACCCCGGUGAUAAAGGUGGCUCAGGACGAUCUCGAUAAGUCGAGCAGAGAGGGUUCUUCGACUUCCCCCGACCUACCGAAUGAUUUUGUAUGAUUUAACAGAGCGCAUAUUUAUUCUAAUGUGUACGUGGCGCAUAUAUAUGUUGGAUAAAAGCUCCGAGAAUUGAGUAGGAAAUAAUCUAUAUACCUGUAUUUAAAUUUGCCCAUUUUGGUGCCUGGAGUGUAUAUUUGUAUUGAUAUGAGCAAAGGCAGAUGAGUAAAACUUGUAAUCAUCAGCUCAAGCAACAUUUUAUGAUCAUGAUUUGACGUCAAGUGCA